GUGUUUUUGUUUGUUUGAUGCAAAAUUCCGCACAUUUCGGUUAGUGACAAAAAUAAUGCAAAAUCCAAACGCGCUUUAAUUCAAAAUCGAAAUAAACAAAAAUCAAGAAGAAGUUGUAACCAAAAAUGCUGGAACAUUGUUGAAGGAAAUAUUGUUUAAAUUCGCUUGGAGAUUACUUCAAUGUUGUUGCCCAUGCGGCAAGAAUAGCGUUCAUAUAUCAUCCGAUAUCAAAAAAUAAACUCGAGCAUGAGAGUUAUAUCUCACAUUGCGGUAUUACUUGCACUUUUGCAGCUGCUGAUGCUGGAAAUUCAGUGCGGCCACGUGCAGGAUGCCAAAAGGCAUAUACAUGCCGAAUUUCGAGACGUGUUGCACCACCGCCAUCCGCAUCCGCAUUCAUAUUCGCAUCCACAUCCGCAUCACCCACCAUCUACGAGGUAUCACGGUUCGCAUUGGCAUAGUGGGCAGCGUAUACAUCGAUUUCAUAUGCCCUCACAUCAGCAUCAGCAACGUUGGAGUGGCCGUAGGCGAUCGAUUAAUCAUCACCAGCCUUUUAGCCGUUGGACAGAGUGGACACUAUGCAACGAGGAAUGCAUUAAGCAUAGGGAACGUUAUUGCAAAGCAAAGAGACGCUGUGGCCACACUAAGCAUGUGGAGCAACGCAAAUGUUGGCACUGCAGCCCAUCAUCAAGCAACAUCAAGUGGCAUCAAGAACCCAUGACAAUUGAAGAAGUGCAUAUACCACCAGAAAGAUGGCCCCAAAUGUAUCAUACACCAGCACCUCCACCACCACCACCACAACCACAGCCACAACCAGUGGCACCGCCACCACAACCAUCCAUCAUUAUAAAUGCAGCAGCUGCAGCAUCAAGUGGAACGCCACUAAAUACCCGCACAAUUAGCUAUGCACCGCAAUAUACCCUUCCUACAACCACAUCCCCUCCUCCGCCUCCACCACCACCAGUUCAUCCAUCAUAUGAUGAUUCUGUGGAAGUGGUGCAUAGGCGACCCACUCAUGCUCCUUCCCCAGCAAUAGACAGUACCGAAGAGCUAGAGGAACACGAAGACGAAUACGAUGACACAGAAGAGGAUCAUGGUGGUGCUAUUGAUGAUGGUGAUUUCUAUGUGUUGAAGAGGAACAGGCACAGACGUCGCCAAAAACCCAAGGAGCGAGGUGUUCGACAUAGACCAAGAACAUCCAAACGUCCUUAUAUAGCGGAUGAUGACGAUGUCGAUGAUUUCGAGGACUAUAUAGAACGCAAGUCAUUGAGAACACGCAAUUUGGAUAGCAGCAGCAGCAGCAGCGGCGGCAACAGUGGGGGACUUGAGGGUGACAUCUUUCAAUACGAAGACUUUGAUUUCGAACCGGAUGGGAACAUCUAUGUGGAUUCUGACGAGUAUACGGAUAAUAUGCGAAAUUCUUCAGCCUGGUUACCACCAGCCAAAGAUGGUCCUGCACUACGACGCAGACGUAUUUAUUCUAAAUGGAGUCGCUGGACGAGAUGUUCACCCAAAUGCACAACUCGACGUUAUAAAAAAUGUCGCCUUAGUGAUCAGUGUGGACGUGAAGUCCUGCGAGAGAUAGCCUAUUGCUAUACAGAGGGCAGCUUUUGCCAACAAUGGCUGCAAUCCCAAGUCCACAAGACUCCUGUAUAUGAGGCUAGACCGGCGGCAGCAGCACCAGCACCAGCAACAGUUGCUGCACCUGCCGUUGCCACUGUCGGGGCCAUGAGACGUAUGCAUACGGCGGAUAAUAGGAAUGCAGCGCUCAGUAAUAAUGAAAUCGAUAUCAUAUUCAAUGGCAAGGGUUAUCGAGGACCUGAAUACACGCCCCUGAAGAUCCAAUGCGGCAUUGUGCGCAGCGGCAGCGGAAGACGUAGCAUGUAUAAUAUGUUGAAGAUUAUUGGAGGCAAGGCGGCACGCAAGGGAGAAUGGCCCUGGCAGGUGGCCAUAUUGAAUCGUUUCAAGGAGGCAUUUUGUGGGGGCACAUUGAUAGCACCCAAUUGGGUCCUAACGGCGGCCCAUUGUGUGCGCAAGGUGCUCUAUGUUCGCAUCGGUGAGCACAAUCUGGACUUUAUUGACGGCACUGAAGUUCAGUUGAGGGUCGCCAAAAGUUUCAAGCAUCCCAAUUUCGAUAAACGCACCGUGGAUAGUGAUGUGGCUCUGCUGAGGCUACCCAAACCAGUGAAUGCCACCACUUGGAUAGGUUACUCUUGCCUGCCCAGACCCUUCCAGCCAUUGCCCAAGAAUGUUGAAUGCACUGUAAUCGGUUGGGGCAAACGUAGCAAUCGCGAUGUGGCUGGCACAAGUGUCCUACGCAAAGCAGAUGUCCCCAUCAUACCCAUGGACAACUGUCGUAGUGUCUAUCAAGAUUAUACCAUAACAAAGAAUAUGUUUUGCGCUGGCCAUCGUCGCGGUUUGAUUGACACUUGUGCCGGUGAUUCCGGUGGUCCCUUACUCUGUCGCGAUACAACCAAACCAAAUCAUCCGUGGACCAUAUUUGGCAUCACUUCGUUUGGCGAUGGCUGUGCCAAACGGAAUAAAUUUGGUAUUUAUGCCAAAGUACCCAACUAUGUGGAUUGGGUAUGGUCCGUCGUUAACUGUAAUGGUAAUUGUAAGCUAUAAUCGAUCUGUACACACACACACACACACAAACACACACAAAACUGAAUGUUUUAGAAUCCUAGCCCUAAGAUUCAUUUUGUUCUGUUCUGCAGAGGCUGUGAAAUACUCACAUAAAUCUUAUCAAAUAUAUGUAUGUAUGUAUAUCUAUAUAUAUACGUAUAUAUGAAUACUUAAUGUAUAGUCUUAAAAACUGUUUAAGAAGACCUAUUCUGGGUAUAAUUCUAAAAAGAGAAAUAAACUUUUCUCUCACUUAACUUAACGUGUAUAUAUACGUCUAUAUAUAGAGUUGUAACUAUUUUUUUUUUUUGUUUUUUAUAACCCGAAUCAUUUUUAGUUUGUUCAUCAACACAGCUUUAAAACCUUUUAAGUUAAGUGAAUACGAAUAAAAUCA